CCUUUCAAGCCCUCCCCCGCUAUAUAUAUAAAUCGCUUGUCCACCCCAGACUCUCAAUUCAUUCCAACGCACAUUUUCCUUUCCUUCAUCCCAAACAGAAGGAGAGAGAGGGAGGGAGAGAUUGGAAAGAAGAAAAACAAUCACAACAAAAAAAAACUGAAAACAAAGUCAAAAUCACAAUCACAAGCACAAUAAUCCUCUACUACACCCAAUAUCUGCAAAAAGAAACCCUACAUCCAAUCAAUGGGCGACGUGUACUGCUCGGACUGCAAGCGAGCGACGGAGGUGGUGUUCGAUCACUCGGCUGGAGACACGGUUUGCUCGGAGUGCGGUCUGGUUCUGGAAUCGCACUCGAUCGAUGAGACCUCCGAGUGGAGAACCUUCGCGAACGAGUCCGGCGACAACGACCCGGUCCGAGUUGGCGGCCCCACCAACCCCCUCCUCACCGACGGCGGCCUCUCCACCGUCAUCUCCAAGCCCAACGGCGUCACCUCUGACUUUCUCUCCUCUUCCCUCGGCCGCUGGCAGAAUCGCGGCUCCAAUCCCGAUCGAUCUCUCAUCUUGGCCUUCAAAACCAUCGCCACCAUGUCCGAUAGGUUGGGCCUUGUUGCAACCAUUAAGGAUCGGGCCAAUGAGAUAUACAAGAAGGUAGAAGAUCAAAAAUCUAGUAGAGGAAGAAACCAGGACGCAAUUUUGGCUGCUUGCCUUUACAUAGCUUGUCGCCAAGAAGACAAGCCACGUACUGUUAAGGAAAUCUGCUCUGUUGCCAAUGGAGCAACAAAGAAGGAAAUUGGCCGAGCAAAAGAAUACAUCGUGAAACAACUAGAGCUCGAGAAGGGUCAGUCAGUGGAGAUGGGUACUAUACACGCUGGGGAUUUUAUGAGGCGUUUUUGUUCAAAUCUUGGUAUGAACAAUCAAGCAGUUAAAGCCGCCCAAGAAGCUGUCCAAAAGUCAGAAGAAUUUGAUAUAAGGAGGAGCCCUAUAUCAAUUGCAGCAGCUGUCAUCUAUAUUAUAACACAACUUUCAGAUGAUAAAAAGCCCCUUAAAGAGGAUGGUAUUGUGCAUGCAGAUGUUUCAAUUGCAACGGGAGUUGCAGAAGGGACAAUCAGGAAUUCCUACAAGGACCUCUAUCCCCAUAUUUCAAAGAUAAUACCGAGCUGGUAUGCUAAGGAGGAGGACCUUAAGAACCUCAGCAGUCCUUGAAAUGUUGAGGAAACAAUAGUAAAAAAGACAAAAAAGAGUGAUUUUGAAGUUAUUACUGGAGUGAUUUGUUUUGGAUGUUGUGAAGGACAGACAAACAAGUUGUACUCCUUUUUCCAAAGGUUGAGUAUACAUUUGAGUCAUAAAUUAAGUGCAAACUGCACAUUGGUUUUACUCUUUUUUUUGUCUUUUAAAAAAUUGCUUAUUGUCUUCUUUUAGUUAUUGUAAUAACGGUUAUGUCGGAAUAUAGUCAUUGUAAUAAUGGCAUAGAGUUUUUGUUUUUUUGUAAUUUUAAUAGAAUAACUGACUCAUUUGGCUCCUA